AUGUCAGCUAUAAGCUCGGUACUGCUAGUUGGGGGCUCUGGAUUCCUGGGCCUUCAUUUGAUUGAGAGGUUUCAAGCCCUAUCGCCGUGCCCCAAAAUAAAUGUCUUCGAUGUGAGGCCCUUACCUGACAAGAUAUCCAAACAGUUCACAUUUGAUCCCUCGAAUGUUGUAUUUUUUGAAGGAGAUCUCACUGAACCCGCCGACGUCGAAAGAGCUCUUAAGGAAAGUGGGGCUGAAAUCGUCGUUCACUCAGCUUCUCCUAUGCACGGUAACGUUCAGGAGAUAUACGAAAAGGUUAAUGUUCAAGGGACUCGGAAUCUGUUGCAAGUUUCCCGCGCUUGCGGUGUGAAAGCAUUUGUAUAUACUUCUUCAGCGGGAGUAGCGUUCAAUGGCCAAGACCUUCACAAUGCUGAUGAGACAUGGCCAAUUCCAGAAAUCCCAAUGGAUGGUUAUAACGAGACUAAGGCAAUCGCUGAGGAAAUGGUGCUGAACGCAAAUAGUCCUGAGGAGGACUUCCUUACAAUUGCCUUGAGGCCGGCCGGUAUUUUUGGACCAGGCGAUAGACAGCUAGUCCCAGGAUUGAGAAACGUCGCCAAGUUAGGCCAAUCGAAAUUUCAAAUAGGCGAUAAUAAUAACCUAUUCGACUGGACUUACGCAGGCAAUGUGGCAGAUGCUCAUGUACUUGGGGCGCUUAAACUGCUCGAUAGUUCAGCGGCGUCGACUGUUGCCGGCGAAACUUUUUUUAUCACAAACGAUUCUCCAACGUACUUCUGGGCAUUAGCUCGAACAGUCUGGAAAGCAGAUGGUCACAUUGACAAGUACAAUAUUGUUUUGAGCCGAAAUGUGGCUAUCGCAGCUGGUUAUUUAUCAGAGUUUUUUUCUAAGCUUGUGGGAAAAGAGCCUGGGCUUACUCCAUUUAGGGCCAAAAUUGUAUGCGCGUCCCGUUACCAUAACAUCGACAAGGCCAAAAGGCUUCUUGGUUAUAAGCCGCGAGUCAGCAUUGAGGAGGGUAUCCAAAAAACGCUCGCAUGGAUGGACGAAUGA